CUCCUCUUCUGCUUUCUCUCUGUCGCACAUUCUAUCGCUUGCUCUCUCUCUCUCUCUUGUUUCCGCUCUCUCUCUCUCUCCCUCUGCUUGCUUCUCUCACACUCUGUGUGCCUGUGUUUCUGCCAAGGUCUGAGUCUUUCAGUGUGGGAAUGUAGCAAGCUCAGAGACAGGACUGCCUUUGAAUUCUGGUGCAAUGACGGAUGCAGGGCAGAGGCUCGGAUGUACACUGACAGAGCGAGAGAACUAAGGGCAGGGAUUGGGAAAAGGAUCUGAUGGAUUUAACCCUCGCAGCCGUCUCUGCCUGAUAUCAGAGUACAUCAUUCUCCCCCGCUCCGCUGUUCUCUCCUGUGGGGUGGAUUACCGGCUGCCCGUGUCCACUGAUGCACCGCUGUAGAGACUAGAGGGAAGAUCCAAGCUGCGUAGCCAGAGGCGAAGUGCCGUGUCGGGGGAGAGAGAGAGACGCAGAGCUGUCCCUUGAGUGGAGCUGUGCUUCUGCCACUACCUGAGCUUCUCCACACACACACACACAUAUAUAUACACACACACACUCACACAAACACAUACAGAGGCAGGGCUGCGCCAGCCGCGACGACCGAUGCGUUAAUGCAGCUGUGAGAGAAGAUCUGCAGCAGGGAGCUGCCCUCGCUUAAACACUCACGGAUUUAUAAGGAAAAUUUGACUCCGGGAAGAACACCGACGGAUCCGCAAAACUUAAUUUUUGUUCUAUUUUUCAUCUCUAUCUAUGGAGCAUCUUGGGAAUUACCUUCGGUUCUAAGGAAGCUGAACUAAACAGAGGCUCAUUCCCAAAACCCGCUCUUCUCCCAAACCUAGUCCUCUUUUAUUCCUGAUCGAGUGUGUGUGUGUGUGUGUUUGUUUGUGUAUGUGUGCGUGUGUACGUGACUAUUGGUGUCUUUGAGCUUUAGGGUUUGUUUAUUGUAUUUGUAAGGAAUUACUCUUUAUGUGUUCGUAUAUAAAUAUAUAUAUAUAUUUAUAUAUCGGCUGAUGUCUGCUGUGCUAUUCAUAUGAGUAGUCGGUAUUGCAUGUAUCUGUAUCUGUGGAAGAGUGUUAAAUGAAUAUUAAUGAGAUGCCCAGUUUUGGCUCCCUCCCCAGCCCCCUCCACUGCUUGCACUACUUCCUGGCUGGGCCCUGAACCCCAGAAGCAUGAGUGAGAGAACGGCACUAGGGGCCACCAUGGAGACCAUGACCCUGGAGGAGCCCGGGGGUGAACAAGCCUCUCCCCGGGCCCCAGGGCCCCUCCGCUGUGGCCCCUGUGCGGUGUGGCCCCGCCAGCAGACCUGGCUUUGCGUUGUGCCCCUACUGAUGGGCUUUGUGGGCCUAGGCCUCAGCCUGAUGCUUCUUAAAUGGAUUGUGGUGGGCUCAGUGCAGGAUUACGUCCCGACUGACCUGGUGGAUGCCAAUCGCAUCGGACAGGACCCGAUUUUCCUAUCUAAACCCAGUGCCCUGCCGAAGGGUUCCGAUGGCUCCACGUCUACCACUUCCUCCCCACCCUCAGCGGCUCCGGGUUCAGCGACCCGAGCGGCUGAGGGUACAGGUACAGUGCAAAGGACUCGGAUUGGGCAGUCCUCAAACCACACGGCCAGUAGCAGUAGCAGCAGUGGAGGAGGUGGCGGGGCCUUAGGGGGAGGCUCGGGAAACAGAGCUCCACACCUGCAUAACAGAGUGGGGACGCGAUUGACCAACACCACCACCGCCACCCGAGCCACCAAUCCUGCCCCACCAGGAGGAAAGGAGGUGACCCCACGCAGCACCACUGUUCGAAAACCCAAUGGGGAUGGUGGGAGCCGAAAUGCAUCCCCUUCUGCACGGGCUGGGCCACCGAGUACGACCACCACGAGCACGACGACCACUACGAUUAUGACGAGCACAAGCACCACGCAAGCGGCCCAAACGACCUCCACCCUCGCGUCGCCUUCCAAACCUGGUCAACGCUGGAACCAUGGCCGCUCCUCCAAGGGCCCUUCAACCAAGCCUACUCGGCCACACCAACGCUUCAGGACACUUGGUCUCUAUGUCCUAUCUAUGUUCGGGGUUGAUUUGGCUCAGGGGCCAAGCCUCAUUACUUCCUGUUCGGAAGCAGCGUGGUUGGCGGAUUUUGUCAGCAUGCACUCGAGUGGAGUACGCAGCAACCCCUGUGGCUCCGGAGAAAGGUGUACCAUAAAAUCAUACACAGGGAUUAAAGACAGAAAUCCAUUUAGCGCCGUCUCAUGGGAGGUCAGCGAGGCUUUCGCCUGGGCCAAGAGGAGCGUAGUUCCAGCUGCUGCUGCCACGCUGCUCUCCCCAGAUACCAGCAACAGGGUAGCCACGUGA